GGUUUUGGAAUGGAUUCUUCCUUUUUCUUUCUUUUGUUUUGUGUGAUUUGUGUUAUGUGAUUUUUAGGAGUAUUGAAGUGUUUGUUUGUUCUUGUGAAGAUCUGUUAUAUUUGAUUGAUUUUGCUCUGCUGAUGGUUGGAUUGGUAUGUAAAUGUUGAGGAAAUGAAGUAUGUGAAUCUUAGUGUAUUUAACUGGAGAUGACAUAGUGGCAAUAGACUUCUGAUUUUUAUUGUUUCUUAUAGCUCCAUGUAUGUGCCAUAAUGACAAGCUUUCUGAUCUGUAAUGUACUAAUUCAUACCAUCAUUUACUAUGUGUGUGUGUGUGAGAAAGAGAGAUGAUCAGCUAAUGAUGAGUUUUUCACCCUUCACCUAACAUGGAGUAUAUUGAAAUUUGAAUCUGGAUUUUCUUAUGGAUUCAAAUAAGCAAUCAUAUGCUUUAUAAAUUGAUGAAAGAGCCAAAAUAAAGCACAAUCAUUUUUCGUGCAUAAAUAUUUCGUUUGAUCUACAUCCAUGCUAAAUGUAAUAGUGUAAUGUACCAGGGGAAGUAUGCAGGCAUAUUGUGGAUCUUCCCCUCUGAGUUCUCUUAACUUAAUUUUGCUUGUCACAAUCAUAGGUUUGACUAUAGUUCGUUGGAAGGACGUAAUCAAUUUUGUAUAUCAUGGUUGAGCUAUGAAAUGUUGUGGUGGUCGUGUUUUGGUCAAGAGAAAUAAAAUUUUACUUUCUUUUUGUGAGAUUAUGAAUAAAUCUUGUAAACUACACUUGUUCAUUUGAUUGAUGUGUUUUUAUGCAGAGAAGCUUGAUUGUUGGGGGAUUAUUCUGAAGGGCGAACGUUAAAAGAUUUCUAUGCUUUAGAUGCGGCCAAAGAAAAUGUCCAUGGCUGUGAAGGAUGAGAAGAAACUGGCUGUUGAUUUGGCAGCAUGGGCAUUCAAUAUUGUCACUUCAGUUGGAAUUAUUAUUGUUAAUAAAGCCUUAAUGGCUACAUAUGGUUUCAGCUUUGCGACAACCUUAACUGGUAUGCACUUUGCUACAACGACAUUAAUGACCUUUUUUCUUAAAUGGCUUGGGCAUAUCCAGAAUUCCCAACUUCCGUGGUCUGAACGGUUGAAAUUCGUUUUGUUUGCAAACUUCUCUAUUGUUGGAAUGAAUGUGAGUUUAAUGUGGAACUCCGUCGGAUUCUAUCAGAUUGCAAAGCUAAGUAUGAUACCGGUGUCGUGCUUUUUGGAAAUUGUACUGGACAAUGUGCGAUACUCAAGGGACACCAAAUUAAGCAUUUUGUUGGUCCUACUAGGUGUCGCAAUCUGUACUGUUACUGAUGUAAGUGUAAAUACAAAGGGUUUUAUUGCUGCCUUCAUCGCCGUCUGGAGCACCGCCCUGCAGCAAUAUUAUGUACAUUAUCUUCAGCGUAAAUAUUCACUAGGAUCAUUCAACCUAUUGGGCCAUACUGCACCAAUACAGGCUACAUCUCUGCUGUUAAUGGGUCCCCUUGUAGACUACUGGUUGACGGAUAAGAGGGUCGACGCGUAUAACUAUACCUCCAUAUCAAUAUUUUUCAUCGUCCUAUCAUGUUCGAUAGCAAUAGGGACGAAUCUGAGCCAAUUCAUCUGCAUUGGAAGAUUUACAGCAGUGACAUUUCAAGUGCUUGGUCAUAUGAAGACCAUUCUUGUCCUGAUUUUGGGUUUCCUCUUCUUUGGAAAAGAGGGGCUCAAUCUACACGUUGUCUUCGGGAUGGGCGUUGCAAUCGUUGGCAUGAUUUGGUACGGUAACGCUUCCUCACAACCCGGUGGAAAAGAGCGGGUCCCACCUCCCACUAUCGUCAAACCUGAAAAACACAACCUGUUACUACCAACUGAGCUCGACGAGAAAGUAUAGGGAGGAGCAAUUGACAAUUUCAUAUUUCUUUUCUUGUUCCAUAUAGUCACAAGUAUUUGAUUCAACCAUAUGAUUUUUGUAUUUCACAGUCUAAUCUUUCCUCUUCUUUAACAGUGAGAUUUUCUUUUCUUUUGCUUUCCCUAAUUAUGUAUGUUAGACUGCAAAGAGAGUGUCAUUUGAUCAUUAUUUUAAGAAGCAUUGUAGCUUUGAUCC